GGCGUCCUGGGCACCGGGGAUUGGCGUGCCGGGCGCUGCCUCCCGUCGUGCACUGGGGUGCCGGCACUCACCCGGAAGGAGAAGCGGGUACCGGCUAUAUGGUGGGGCGCUGGCGCUGUGGCGAGUGGGUGCUGCUGUCAGAUGUUUUCUUGCAAUGGGCUUUUGAUGUAGGAUGUUGGAGAACCAAGAGCAGGAGGAGGUGAUCACUGUGCGUGUUCAGGACCCCCGUGUGCAGAAUGAGGGCUCCUGGAAUUCCUACGUAGAUUAUAAGAUCUUCCUCCAUACCAACAGCAAGGCCUUCACUGCCAAGACAUCCUGUGUGCGUCGCCGCUACCGUGAGUUCGUGUGGCUGCGAAAGCAGCUACAGAGAAACGCUGGUUUAGUGCCUGUACCAGAACUUCCUGGGAAGUCAACCUUCUUUGGCAGCUCAGAUGAGUUCAUUGAGAAGCGACGACAAGGUCUGCAGCACUUCCUCGAAAAGGUCCUGCAGAGUGUUGUCCUCCUGUCAGACAGCCAGUUACACCUCUUCCUGCAAAGCCAGCUUUCGGUGCCUGAGAUAGAAGCCUGUGUCCGGGGCCAAAGCCGCACGACCGUGUCUGACGCCAUUCUUCGCUACGCUAUGUCAAACUGCGGCUGGGCCCAGGAGGAGAGGCAGGGCUCUUCUCACUUGGCUAAAGGAGACCAGCCUAAGAGUUGCUGCUUUUUUCCAAGAUCGGGCAGGAGUAGUUCUCCCUCAACGCCUCCUGAGGAAGAAAAGGACCAUUUUGAGGUGUGGGCUCCUGUUGUUGACUCUGAGGCGCCUUCCUGGGAAAGCCCCCCUCUCCUUCCCCCUACCUCACCAUCAUGCUGUGAUUUUGCAAGACCUGAUGAAGGACCCUGUGCUCCCCAGCCUGUGAGGAGGUCUUUGGGAGGGGACCAUGCUCUACCUUUGGAUCCUAGUCAGUUAGAAACAGUUUUAGAAAAGUGAGUUCUGGUCUGAGCUCUGGGUUCUGCUCUGAAGUGGACAGAGAAGAUGCAGGCAAGGGGAUGCAGGCACUUGGGUGGGAUUGGAUGGACCUAGGGCAGUUGGGGAGGUUGGGCUGCUUAGUGUUUUACAGUUGCCUCUGCUCAGGUUGGUUGCAUAGAGGUUGGUCACGACAACUCCUUAAACUUCCUCCAUAGGAACAAACAGUAUGCAGAUGUUUAUAAAUUAAGCAUAAGAUCCAGGGGCUGUUGAUUUUGAAUAGAGUCCCAUGUUUACUCCCUUGGGAGCUGAGUUUCUUUAGAUGUUUGUUAAUGGGCCCCUGAGCACUGCCUCAGGUUACUAGUUUGGGGGACCUGUAAGUGGCCGAUUUUAAGCUGCCAUACUGAAUAUUGUCCCAGCAGAAAUGCUUGUGUAGUUGUAUUCCCACUGGCUCUGUUUUGCUGCAGCACUUUGAUUCUGGGAGGCUGGCCUCUUGCCUACCUCCUUGCAUGGACAGGGUGGUGAGUAUUUAUUCUCCCACCUCCUUGCUUUUCCUCCACUAAUACCACUGAAUGGAAUGGUGCUGUGACUCCUGUCGCUAGGGUUUCCUGUAUAUUCCAAGACCUCAGCCUGGCUGUGUGGGGCCUGAGACCCACAAAAUAGGUCACGGCCACCACAGAAGAGAAGUGGCUGUUCGCAGCUGAGGAAGGGCAAACAGCUCAGGGAGCUUUGUUUUGGAAAAGGCUGUCCUGGGCUGCCACUGUCUCUUCUGGUUAUAAAGCAGAGAUGUGAGCAUCUUUUCUGCAGGAUAGAAUGAGCCCUUUCGUUUUUUGAAACCCCUUUCCCCUUCGUAACAGCUCCCUGCCGCCCGGGGCCUCCGCCACUGCAGCGUCCCUCUGCUGUGUUGCAGGGCGGCCAUAUGUUCGGUCCAGUGGGGCGCAAGGGCUUUGUUUCUUUCUGGAGAGCGGGCUCUGGGGACGGAGAUGAGGAACAGCGCGCCUUCCUUCAGACAAUGAGGCAUUCUCCCCUCCUGCUGCCAUCGUUCCUCUCCGCUGAGAGCCGGAGCUGGAAGGGGAUUGUGCCGCUGGCCUUCGGCAUUGCUCUGCCCUUGGGUUUGUGUGUGGUUCCUCUCGCCCACUCCUCCUCCUGGCCAUCCCUCUGCGCUCUCUUACCAGCCUGUGCUGUGGGACUGUCAUGGCAUUUAGUUCAGAGUUGAGGGGCUUUGGCCUGAAAUAAAAUUCAACUAUUUAA